GGACACAGUCGCAAAGACUAUCCAUAUUCCCAUGUUACAUGGGUUAUGUGAUCUAUCAAUCUUUACUCUCACGAUAAUGUGAGCCCUAUCACCUCUGCAAAAGACUUGGUGUGCUCGUAGACCUGUUGCGUUUUCUAUCUUUACAUUCCUAGUGUUAAUGAAAUUGUGGAUAACCUAUGAACACAUGUGUGUAUCCUUUCGACAAUAUAAUCAUAUUAAAAAAUGUGUAUGGGGAAGCAUACUUCCGCAAGUUCCUUAUGUGGAGAACAAUGGUCUUCUUUCGACUCACAAUAAGCAUGAAAUUUGACCAAGAGGAAAUGGAAGAGUUCAUCAUGGCGCUUGAUUGGCAAACAAAUACAUGCAUGGAGAAUUUGCUGGCUGGUGAAUAUUCAACGGCCCUGCAUCAACGAUCUUUUCUUAGAACCCAUGUUCUUCUCCUGUCAGAGGAAGCGCCUCUCUCUCACUCUCUCUGCACAUCCGGGAAAACAAUGCUUAUACUUUCGAUAGCUCUCAAAGGUGAAUAUCAGGAGGAAUAUGGGCACUACGCCCCAUGCGUGAGAUCUAGUAUCAAGAUUGCCCUACCUGUCUUAUUACAAUGAUGUGUAUUGUUAUAUUUUACGGGGGUCGAUGAGAACGUGACAUCCACAUUAUCAGUCUCACCCCUCCACCAGAUAGAUAGUCGUCGUCAGCCUUUUUGUUACUAUGCCCCGAAGCAUCAGCCUUCCCGAUGCAGAGUCAACUUCUCGUACCAUGAGAACGUUUUCUAAUGCUUGGCAUAGGUGAACGGGUCCGUGAAAUCUAUCA